UAGUAAAGUYUCUGUGGKUUGUUUAUUUGUACUCCCAUGGGACGGGUCGUUGGCGACCAAGGCGCAACACGGUAAAACGUCACUGACAAGCUUGCUUGGGUCUUAGUAAGAAUGCCGCUUUGACCAAUUUACAAGGACACGUGAAAAAAUGAGCGACCAACAACUCGAGAAGAAGUCAUCCUUGGAUYCCGCGGUAUGGAAUGAUUUUGAGUGUCCUGAAAGGUCAAAUUCUGAUCGUUUUUACAGCCCUUACGAUGUAGCGAUUUUACAGCGACUUCAGUUUCUAACKCAGCGAGUUGAAUAUCUUGAAAACAAACUCGAAAACUCUUUAUCAGACAAACGUGAAGACCUAAGCUUUGGUUUGAGUGUAAACCACCAAAACAAUGUACCAAAUGUGGAYAUCAAAGUACUCUCGGGGCACAAUGAAGCGCCUUUGGAAGGAGAAAAUGUCAUGGCUGGCUGGGAAGAUGCUAUUGUUGAACGUAAUACUUCUUUCCUCAUCAUUCCUGUCGGAGAAGACAAAGAUUUGCAAACAAACGAUCCAGAAUUGCUAAAACAAACGUUGGAUCUAUCUAUUAAGCCAUCAUUUGGUUCUAGGCCUGCCUUGGGCUGUUCGGACUCAUAUCGUGAAAUUAUUGACACUAAUAGCUUUAAAGAGAGSCCUCCUGCCGAUGAACAAUCGACAAAAACCAACUCAAUAUCACUGCAAAUUCGUCCACCRCCAGUUAAGACCUAUGUUAAAUCAACAAACCAAAGCUCUUCUAGUGGUUUAGACAAAGAUAGAAGCGAAAGACCUAAAGAGUUUGCCGYAGAGCGUGUUUUUCCGCAUAGCUAUAGUGAAAUGCAGCAUGCUGUGCAUACACCAGAAGACCAGGAAACACAGUGUAUGACAAAUAAAAUGUCAAAGUUGACAACCUCACAUCAAAACGACAACAAUAACAAUGACUUGUCUUAUGGUUACACCAUUAGUCUUUCACGUAGCCCAAGAAAGGACAAUUAUAGAGAGAAAAAUCAAUYACUGAGCCACAAUUUACCUCCUGUUGACAAGCAGAAUGGUCAAGAUGACACYGCUAUUGACUUUGCUAACACAUUUGGAAAUCAGGAAACUCAAAUGGUAAAUCCAUCACAUACAAUUUACAAUAAUACAGGUCAAGCUAAGAGUCAAAUACCACCGCAAAACGUCCGUUAUGAAGACGUUGAAAUAUGCGAAGUCGUCCAGUAUGARGACAAAUGCGACCAGUUUGACAGGACGGUCGACCUUAAAAUAGAAAGACGCAUAUCUAAUGGCAAUUGUGUUUAUUCUCAAACAAAUCGUCGGGAGUCUAUCAGUAAACAAUCCAAGAAUGCGAGUAACUCGUUUGUUUACCAAGCAGAAGCUAAUUCAUUUAAGGAGAACCAAGUUGAAAGAAAUGGAGAAUGUUUUGAUAGUGGAGUUCAUGACUCGUCUUUUCCUUCCCACGAUAAAAUAGCUUCAGGAAAUGAUGUUAAUGUAAGCAGAAAAAUGCAAAUACAAGAUUCAAGUUCAAGAGCGUGGAGAACGGAGAAUUGUAAAGGCAUUGACUUAGAUGAGUCAUUGAUCUUGGAGGACAAUGGCARGCCAAGAAAAGGAUUACACGAAAACAACAGCUACUUCAACACAAAACACUUCAACAACGCGGACUUUUGUGAACACAAUAACGCUACAAUUCAACCAGACCARAAAYAUCACACGACAAAUAAGCCAUCAAUCAAAAAGGUACGAGUAAGGUCUGUGGAARUACCRUACRCCUCAAGUGAUGAYGAUGCAUUCUCGGUSUCCAGUGCCAGCGAGCUGUCGGCACAGAGUCUCAACCGAUAUCAAAGACCACWGAGGAGGAAACCAAAGAKUAAGGCACCCAAAUCUYAUGAUAUUGAAAAACAACUURAWGAUUUAAUCAAUCCAACUGAAAUAGGGAACGCGAGAGAACAAAGAGAAGCGUCAMGUCGUCCGCUACUUMUUGCYGCUAUGUCACCAACUGAAAGCGGCUAUGUUGGGUCUAGUCCAAGCUCACCACGUGAUGAGCUGAAGGAUUCCUCGUUUACAUCUGUAAGUAGCCCUGUGCGACCCGGCAGCCCWUGCUCGUCURUUACUAGUACCGCUACACCARUUCAAGUGGAACGCUCCGUGCCGUCCAAUCGCAUCCCACAUCGCUCUGUUGCCAGCUCCACUUCAAGUGAGUAYUCRCACAGUAAGGCAAUUCACGACGGAGAUUCKUUACCUUCACUACCYAUCGGACUAAAUGAUGUUUUACCUGGUCCGACGAGACUUUCACUUUCCGAUUACUCUCCGACGCAGGUCCGAUUGAGCGAAUUUCUUCUKGCUAAUUCYGARGAACUUUCAGUGGAUUCAACUGCGUCUAGUGUUGUAACUAGUGACUUGAGUGACUCGUUUCUAGAUUGCCAGGAUGAGUUUUGUCAAUGCCAGACUGGAAUAUCAACAGAGGAUGACUUCCGCGAAGAACUUAAAUCGAUAUCUCGAUAUGUCAUCGAGGCUGGUGAGAAAUCAGGCAGUAAAAAGAAACGCGGUUCGUUGAAGAAAUACUUCUUGGAUGACGAACAGGGCGAGAUGGAUAUAUUUGGAGCGAAGCUACARAAAGGUGAACACAGGGCCGUUCCUCUUCUUGUGAAAGUCAUCCUUCGWCUACGAAAGCACUUCUUCGGUGGUCUUGAAGGACCCCAUUCACUAAAAUCACUAACUCCGAUACAAAACAAGCAGUUUUUUCCUGACAAAACAAGUCCACGCGAAAAGAAAAUCUCUUUCUCGCCUUCUGCAAUGCUUYUAAGCGCUGUUGGUGAGAGCUCUCCGUCAGAAAUUCGUAAAGUCAUGGAGAAAGAAGGACUUGACGUUAAYGUGUUGAGUCCCAGUGGAAAAUCCCUUCUUCAUAAAGCGGCAGCCUCGGGAAAUCUGGAAAGCAUACACACACUAAUCCAAUAUGGCGCCGACGUAAAUCUUCCUGAUCAAGACGGUUUUGUUCCCGUAAACGCAGCGUUACGCAAAUGCCAUUAUAAGUGUGCGAUAUUUCUUAUCGAGUGCGGUACGGACAUGUCAUCGUACACGAGAACUAGGAUUCAAGAACUUGCGGAGAUUAACAACAUGGCUAGAACUUACAAGAAAACAAUUCUUAACACUGCAUUAUAAACAGAAUAAAGUCUGAAAAUCAAGUGUUACCAUAACACGGGCUCAAACGAAGUUUUACGGUAGACCCACGCAAGUUUAAAAAUGUCGUAAAAAGAGCACCAUCAACACGCAAUCAAAAUUACGUAACGKUCCAAGCCUCGCGUAAUUUUUAGCAUUUAUUUUUCAAUAUUUUUUUCGUAAUUUUAUUUCUAAGCAUGURACAAACUUACAGUAUGCGCAAUUGGUAAAACAUACUCAACCUAAUUACGGUGCGUAACUCUCUAUGCAUUCGCUUAAUUAUCCGUACGCAAGUCUUGAUUGUCUCACGCAAUKUUUGAGAUUUAUAAAGUAUUAAUAUCGAAAACGUACGUGAUAAGUGAACGUAAUAAGAUGUAAAUUUAAGGKUUGCGUCGCAGAAUAUGUCAUUCAAAAYUACAGUAAUUAACUAGCGAACKUAUUAUAUAUAUUACAUUGAAAAACGUACGUAUGUGACACGUAUUCGCGCAAACGCUUACAAUGUAAUAUAGUUCAUGUACAAUAAUCARUAGUCUCAAUAGAACGUUCCCAGUUAGUCCGUGAAACAAAUUGUUGUAAUAGCGCCAGAUAAAAUGAUGGUAGAGUGCACACGCUAAAGCGUGAAGUUCAUGUAUCCAACCAAAAAGUGCUAAAUUGAGUGGAAUAGCCAAUAGGAACAAAUGAAUUCGCAUAAUUCAGUACAAUUUAGUACUAUUUAAUUGUCAAAGUUUUCUUGGUUGUUGUGUAUGCACUUUAACAAAGAAAUUAUAAUCUAAUUCGCAUUAUUUGCGUUUCACGGGUUAAGUGCGUACACUAGAUACCUUACGUAAUAUGCAUAGAUGGAAGUGACUGUAGAACAAUAACGAAAAAAAUGGCUUAAGAGUGACCUACUAAUAAUGUAAUGCUUGUAGAGUGAAGUCAUUUAAUCCGUGAAACAAAACUUGACUAUUAAAGUGUGAUAGUAAAAUAGACAAAAAAGAAGUCUAUGCAAUUAGAGCGUACAUUAGUGUAAUACCUAUUUCACGGGUUUUUUGACUUCAGUCUAAAAAUUGUUAUACGAUUGUAUUGACUUAUAAAUAUUUAUAUAUCGAAAUUUGUACAAAUAGAUAAAAGUUUAUGAAUGUACAUUUGCUUAAUCAACAUUCGCAAAUAAAAACAUUAAUCCAAUA